UCCUGCCGGGGCGCGGAGCUGUCGCGGGGGCUGCGCGGACUGAGGAAGUGCUCUGCAGCCCGAACCCGCGAGCGGCAGUGCUUUUCACGGCCGCGGUUCCUUGCGUUUGGCGCGUCCUAGCCGCCCGCUGCUCGGUGUUUCGCUCGCCAAAUGUCUCCGAACUCUGUGGCGCCAUCUGAGUGUCCCUCUAGGUGCUGGAGAAUCCCGGUUUGCGUGCCCUGGGAGUGCUGGCGGGGAAGUGUGCAACCGCUGCUGCAGUGCGAGGCCCGCGGCUGGAGCUGCAGCUCCCCCUGGGCGCAGUCCGGGGCUGCGGCGGGCGGAGGUUUGGCACGGGCUGCAGCUCUGACCUUCCCACACUGCUGUUUUUAGUCUCAGCGUUACUUUUCCCAUAGUUGUAGUGGCCAUAAAUAGCUUUUUCUGUUCAGGUAUUUGUCUUUCUUACGUGUUUUUUUUUUUUUUUUCUCCUGAGUGCAGAACCGGGGUAACAUUUCAGUAGUUUCAUUUAUGUAAAUAUUUUUUUCCUCUAUUUGUUUGUUUUGGGACCCAUUCAUGGACAGCUAUGAAAUUUCUGUUGGUUUUUGAUUUUGACCAUACAAUUGUGGAUGAAAAUAGCGACACCUGGAUUGUGAGAUGUGCCCCUGACAAAAAGCUUCCCAAUGAGUUACGGAACUCCUACCGGCCAGGACAUUGGACAGAAUACAUGGGCAGAGUCUUUGUCUACUUGGGGGACAGUGGCAUCCGAGAAGAUGACAUGAAAAGAACCAUGACAGCAAUUCCUUUCACUGCGGGCAUGGUCGAUCUUCUGGGGUUUAUUGGCAAGAACAAAGAGUUUUUUGACUGCAUCAUUGUUUCAGAUUCUAACACAGUAUUUAUUGACUGGAUUUUAAAAGCUGCUGAUUUCCAUGAGGUGUUUGAUGAAGUGUUUACAAACCCAGCAGUGUUCAGCAGUACUGGCUACCUGACCGUGCAGAACUUUCAUGCCCACCAUUGUCCAAAGUGCCCUAAAAACCUUUGCAAAAGGACAGUUUUAAAAGAGUUUCUAGAUAAACAGGUGGAGAGAGGAGUGAGUUAUACGCAGAUUACCUAUAUUGGUGAUGGUGGGAAUGACUUGUGCCCUGUGAUGUUUCUGAAGAAGGGUGAUAUUGCUAUGCCCAGGCAUGGGUAUACCCUAGAGAAAAAGAUUUCUCAGCUCUCUCGAGAUUUCUGUCCCAUAGAGUGUUCUGUUCUGGUUUGGUCAUCUGCUGUUGAAAUUAUGUCUUAUCUGAAGCUGCUUAUAAAAGAACAUUUGAAGUGAUAAAAGGAAACUGAUUUAUCCUUUUUUCUUCCUGGGUGAGAAAUGCUGAAUGCACAUGGAAACACAACAUUAUGGAACUGGGAUAUUAGCUGAACUUAUGUUGUUCAAACAUAAUAUAAAAUUGUAUUUUCAGUUUUGUCAGUAGUGGGAAAGUGAUGUUAAAAUGGCUUUCAGGCGUAGUGUGCAUUCUGACCUUUGUGGAGAAGUGUGCAUGUGGGGGGGAGGGGGCUGCGUGAGGAAUUGCCAAUUCCUUUUGUCUUCUCCAUCCUGAGCCUUUCCCAGCAACCAAAGUGAUGUUCCAUGUGCUGUAAGGAAGGAGUAAGAUUAGUGCACAGAAGAAUAAUUAUUUAAAAGAAUUUAUAUGCUUUACUUACCAGGAAGGUGAUUCUGGAACUUCUGGCUUUGAAUACUUUUUUAAAAAUCGGGGAUAAAUGUUUAAUUUGUAAAUGAUUUGGUAUGUCUCUAAUCCUGUUUGAUCUGAAGAUGCAUUUAUAUUUUUAAUAUACUGAAUAUUUUACCAAACUAAAUUCCUUUUUAAUAGUUUGUAUUAAAGACAAUAAAAAUUACAGUCACUGAGAAGAGCAGUGCUUGAUUUUGUAAGGUAUUCUGUAGUGCAUUCCGUUCCUGUAAGGGCCUGGAGUGGCUUAACACAAGUGUGGGUGUCAGUCUGCAGAAUAACAGUCUUUUGGUCAGUUCUCUCUUGAAGCACAGGAGGAAUGUUGUCACUUUGCAUUGUUGCCACUUGGUACAGAGCCUGUGCUGUCAGAUGGGACUCAGCCUGCUGCUUUUUCUGCUGCCCACAGAAUGCUGUGUGUGUCCCUAUGCGUUCUUGUACCAGUUUCACUUAUUCACUCUUGUCUAUGUGCAUCCUGUAAUCCUCUUCUACAAGCUGAAAAGGAACAUCUGUGUCUGUUUUAACUGUGUAACAAAAUUUGCCUGUGUUUGAAUAAGGAAUCAUUUGUGAGCAUGUAGUAAGCAUGUUUCUCGCUCGUGGUGAGACGAACCAUAAGACUUGUACUAUGCACACAGAGGCACUUCAGUCUCAUUAAAGUUGAAUGAUCUGUC